UGUCAUGCAAGACGGCUACUUUUUUCGUUCGGAAAUCUUGAAACAAAUGAGGGUGAUCGUAAGGCGAUAGAAAAGAAGCGAUGAAGUGGGAAGAAAUGGAAUUAUUUGUAGAAAGAAAGGCCAGCACAGUAUCGCCAUCACUCCUGUAGUCAGUACUGCGGCGAUAGAAGAUUGUGCAUUGAGCUGAAGCAACCAAGCCGACAGAUACGGAAAUCUGUGACAGCCGUCAGAGGGGAACAGGAAAGGGAAAACUAGUCAUGUCGACCGAUGAAGAAUCAAGGACUUCCCUGCUGGACAGUGCAAAUGCCGAGGAUGAUGGCGAUCCGGGUGGAGGAGUUGCUGAUAGUUUGUCUGCUCGCAUGCGAUUGCUCGUGUUAGUCACGCUGGCUGGAGCCUCGUUCAGCAGUAAUCUGAAUGCGUUCGGAGCGUUCUUCUUCACAGCUGCGCUGGAGAAGGCACCUAACACCGGAGCUGUGUAUCGCACGGCAGUCGGUGGUGUGUAUAGUAUUUCAUACGUCGUGGGAGCCGUAGUCAUUCCGCUGAUUACGAAAGACUUGCCUAACAUCGGCAGUAAGAACCUGAUGGUCCUGAGCUACUUCGUGACGGGAGCGACACAGCUGAUGUUCGCCUAUGUGGGUGACAUCCAGGACUGGCGCGUGUUUCUAGUCUAUUGUUACUGUAUACGCAUACUGCAGGGCGUUGCGUACGUCACAUCCUCAGUGGCCGUCAUGUCCUAUCUAACCCGGCUGUACCCCGCCAAUCUCGGUUUCGUCAACGGCUUCCAGAUGAUGUUCCUGUCCAGCGGGCACAUUGGCGGUAUCCUGCUCGGCGGCGCGAUGUACGAUGUAGGCGGUUUCAAGGCACCAUUCCUGACAUCCGGCGCUAUCAUCUUGCUCGCAUCGGCAGCAGUGCUACUGUUACUCGUUGAUGUGGACGAGUUGAAGGCAAAGUCCGGAAAGGCCACGUGCAGUGGCGGAAAUGGCCGUACUGAGCAGGUUGUGAGCGUGAGCACCAUUCUGCGAUCGCCGUGGGUUUUGCUCAUGGUGUUCCUGCUCAUCUUGAGGAACAUGGCCUAUAGCGGCAUCGAGCCUGUUCUCGGCCCGCGCAUGAAGAACAGACUCGGUUCCCCGGCCGUCGUAGUCGGAGCUGUCCUGACAACGGAGGGAGUUACAUCUACGCUGAUUCCUCCCAUUGUCGGCGUAAUACUCGACCGGGGCUUUAGUGCUCCGAUCAUGAUAACAGCUGGUUUAGCGUUGGAUUCUCUGAGCUUUUUCCUAAUGGCUCCAGCUACAUUCUUACACAUAUCACCUUCGCUUUGGCUGUUCUUUGUCGGCAUCUUGCCUCUGAGCAUCGGGAACGUAUUGAUGCAGGCCCCGUGCGUAGUGAGUAUGUCUCAACACCUGGAACAGACCGGGGUGGGUAACUCCGUACAGCUGCGCGUCGCGGUCGCCGGGCUGUCCAGGUGGGCAUUGACCGUGGGAUUUGCCCUGGGUCCCGUCGUCUUUAGUCCGAUGGUGGGCGCUCUCGGUUUUCAGCUAGCUCUUACCAUCAUUGGUCUUGCGUAUCUUUGCCUGGCUGCUGGAAUGGUGGUGCUGAGCUGGCUGCACCAUGUCGCUCUUAAUGUCUUGCACAAACACGCUGACAUAGUUAAAACUAGCGACAACACAGAUGAAGGGGACAAUGACAAUCUGUAGUGCCGCCGUGUAUUGAGUUUAUGCUAUUUUUUCACAAUCAACUUGAAGUCGGAUAUUGAGCAAGUUGGGUUGUGUGUUGCUUCGCUGCUUCUAAUUGCAGUCAGACUGGAUUGUCAAGUCUAAAACUGGU